AUGUUAUUGUAUAAAUUAUUUUAUCUAUUUUUAAUAUGUAUUUUAAUUAAACUUUCUGAUAAUAUUAAUUGUUAUGAAUGUACUUCUGGAAAGGGGCAAGAUUGUCGUACAUCAGCCUCAACCUGCCAAUAUGGGUUAUUUGGUUGUGUUAAAAUAACAACUUAUUCUGGUGGUGUUGAUAAAUUUGGAAUGUUUGCAAAUAAUGAUAGAUCAAUUAUAUCAGAAAUUCGGUCUUGUAAUGUUCUUCCUAUAGGUGGUGUUGAUGCCUGCCAACAACAAACAUUACUUGGAAUAAGAAUUGUAACAUGUUAUUGUUUUAAUGACUAUUGCAAUGUUAGCUGGAAUUAUUUUCAUUUUCUAAUUAGCUCAUUAAAAAGAAUGAAAAUUUGUCUUUUUUUGUUAAUAGUUUCCUUUUUCAAGUUUAUUACACCAAUUUACGAGGGGUUAACUGAUAAAGAAAAGUUACAUUUAUUUGGAAAAAAUGGCCUUAAAAAUAAACCAAUAUAUGAAGAGAUAAUAUUAAAUAGUUUUGAUGAAAAAACUUUUAAUACUACUAUUGAAGGCAAAAAUAUAUUAUUUAAACUUAAAGAUGCUUCUUUAAAUCUUUUUGAUAUUGGUUUACAUCAUAAUUAUUAUACAAAAAAUGGGAGCAAAGAUCUUUUGGAUGAGCAUGUUUACUACGACAAAUGUAAUAAAGUAUAUAAAGGUGAAAGUAUUACUCCAAAAGGAAGUAUAAUUUCAUUGACAGGCUGUAAAAAUAAUUUAAGAGGUUUAAUUAUUACAAAUGAAAAUAAAAUGUUCUUUAUUCAUCCAAUUCCAAAACAAAUAAGUUUUGGUAAUCAUAUUAUACACAAAAGAAGUAUAUCUGAAGUUUUAUCUCCUGAUAAUCAUGAUUGUAUAUUUAAUAAAAAUGAUGAUCCAUUUCCAGAAGAUCAAAUUGAAAGUAAUACAUUAAUUAGUAAUUUAAAAAAAAAUAAAAAAAUAAAUUUUAUUAGACGUAUUAAUAAAAGAGAUAUAAUUAAUAGUAAUAAUGAAAUAAUUAUUGAAAUUGCUGUUUUUGCUGAUAAUUUAAUGAUAAAACAUUUUUAUGAUAUUUAUGGAAAAGAGAAUCAUAUAAAAGAAUUAAAAAGAUUUAUUAUAGCUACUGUUAAUAAUGUUGAUAGUUUAUAUAAACAUCAAACAUUAAACUCAAAUAUUCAUUUUCGAAUAAAACGUAUUGAUGUUAUGGAAAGACAACCACUGGAACUUGAUUCUACACAACAUAAUAAUGGUGAAGUAAAUAAAUUAUUAAAAACAUUUUGUGAAUAUCAACAAAAAAUGAAACCAAAUGAUAAAAAUGAUCCAAGAUAUUGGGAUCAUGCUUUAUUAUUUACUGGUUUUGAUAUAUAUGGUGGUGAUGUUAAAAGUAUUGCUGGAUUUGCACCAGUCAAAGGUAUGUGUAGUGAGGUACGUUCAUGUACCAUAAAUGAAGGUUUAGAUUUUGGUUCUGUAUUUGUUGUUACUCAUGAAAUUGGGCAUAAUUUAGGAAUGUAUCAUGAUGGACAAAAUGAAUGUCAUACAGAUUGUUGUAUUAUGGCACCAAGUAUUGGUUCAGGUAAAACUAAAUGGUCAUUAUGUAGUAGUACAGAAAUGAAAAUAUUUAUUCAAAAACUUGGAACAGAACCAAAUAGAUCACCAAAUUGUCUUAAAAUUUCUGCAAAAAAAUCAAAAAGUAUUGGUAUAUUACCGGGACAGGAUUAUACAGUUAAUGAACAAUGUAAAUUAUUUCAUGGUAAAUGUUGGAAACAUGGAUUACGUUCAUAUCAAACUCUUGAAGAUAUUUGUCAAAUGAUUUGGUGUACAGAUGGUGGUGAAAAAUUUAAAACAUCACAUCCAGCAUUAGAAGGUACUUAUUGUGGUAAAGAUAAAGUAUGUUUUGGUGGAAGAUGUGUUGAAUCUAAAAAACCACUUAUUGCAAUUAAUGGUGGUUGGAGUAAUUGGAAAAGUAAAUCAUAUUGUUUUUCGGAAAAUGAUGAUAAAUGUCAAAAAUGUCAAAUUGAUGGACAGAUAAUGAUAAAAAAAGAAUAUAGAUAUUGUGAUAAUCCUUUUCCAAAUAAUGGUGGAAAAUUAUGUGGUGGUGAUAAUAUUAGAGGGCGAAUUUGUAAUGAAAAAUUAUGUUCUAAUAGUAUGAGUAUUCAACAAUAUAUUGAUAAUAUUUGUAAAAUUAAAUCAAAAUUAGAAAAAAAUAUUGAAAUAAAUAUGAUUGAUAAAGGAUUACAUUUUGAACAUGAUUUAUGUAAAGUAUGGUGUUUUAUAAAAGCUUCAACAAGUGUUAGAACAGUUGAUACUAUGCCUGAUGGGACUCCAUGUGGACAUAGUAGUUUUUGUUUAAAUGGAGAAUGUAAAGCAUUAAUAUGUAAUGGUACAAUUUUAGGUGGAGAUAUUAAUGAUUGUAUUUCAAUACAAAAUAAACAAUUAAAAUCAUUAUUAAAAACAUCUGAAUGGAAUUCAUGGCUUUCAUGGUCAGAAUGUACCUCAACUAAAUGUGGAGAAAUUGGUUAUAAAAAAAGAAAAAGAAUUUGUAAAGAUUCAACAUGUCCUGGAUCAGAUAUUCAAGAAACAACAUGUAAAUUUGAAUGUACAAAAAUUGAAAAUAAUUGGUCUAAUUGGAGUAAAUGGUUAGAAUGUUCUGCAACUGAAUGUGGUAAAGAAGGAAAACAAAUUAGAACACGUAAAUGUCUUAGUAGUAAAUGUAUUGGAUCAGAAAUAGAAUCACAAGUUUGUCAAAAACCUUGUUUAAAAACUAGUGGAAAAUUUACUGCAUGGAGUAAAUGGAGUGAAUGUACUCCCACAAAAGAUUGUCGAAUAUCAUCUUUCCGUAAAAGAACAAGAGAUUGUUGGAGUACAUCAGUACCAAAUCCAUUAUGUAAUGGAAAGAAAGAAGAAAUAGAAUUAUGUCCAAGGCCGAAAUGUAUUAAAUAA